UUCCGGGGCGUGGCCCCGAGGCUGCGGUCUCGGCGGAGGGCCCUCUAAGUCGGUCUGCCGGGCUGUGACCUCAGGUCGGCGGCGAGCCGGGACGGCGGCGCCCGCGGGCCUCGGCCGUGCGGCUCCCGGAGCGAGCGCGGCGCUGUGGCUCGGGCCUCACCCCCCGCCCCUCGGCGGGCAGCUUGUCGCGGAGCCUCGGCCGCCGCAGGUGAGUGCUCGGGCCGCAGGGCGCUCGCCCGACGCGCUCUGGGAAGCCGCCUCGGGCCCUGCUCGGUACAGGUGCCACCCGACCCGAGAACAGCUUACAUAUGAGCAUGAGUCUUCUAAUGAUUAGUGAGAACGUAAAAUUGGCUCGUGAAUAUGCAUUGCUGGGAAACUAUGACUCUGCAAUGGUCUAUUAUCAGGGAGUUCUUGACCAAAUGAACAAGUAUCUAUACUCAGUCAAAGAUACAUACCUCCAGCAGAAAUGGCAACAGGUUUGGAAGGAAAUAAAUGUGGAAGCUAAGCAUGUUAAGGAUAUCAUGAAAACACUCGAGAGCUUUAAACUGGACAGCACCCCUUUGAAAGCUGCUCAGCACGAGCUCCCGGCUUCUGAAGGAGAAGUCUGGUCCUUGCCUGUUCCCGUUGAACGAAGACCCUCACCAGGACCUAGGAAACGCCAGUCUUCACAGUACGGUGACCCUAAACCCCACAGUAACCGUCCAGGCGCAGUCGUCAGAGCUCAUCGUCCAUCUGCACAGAAUCUUCAUAAUGACAGAGGGAAAGCCGUUCGUAGUCGUGAAAAGAAAGACCAGAAUAAAGGGAGAGAGGAAAAGAACAAAUCACCUGCCGCAGUUACAGAACCAGAGGCAAAUAAGUUUGAUAGCACUGGAUAUGACAAGGACUUAGUGGAAGCUUUGGAAAGAGACAUAAUUUCUCAGAAUCCCAACGUUCGAUGGGAUGAUAUUGCUGAUUUAGUGGAAGCUAAAAAGUUGCUUAAGGAAGCAGUGGUGUUACCAAUGUGGAUGCCAGAAUUCUUUAAGGGCAUUAGGAGACCAUGGAAAGGAGUAUUGAUGGUUGGCCCUCCUGGCACUGGGAAAACCCUGCUUGCUAAAGCAGUUGCUACAGAGUGCAAGACGACAUUCUUCAAUAUCUCUUCAUCAACCCUGACUUCCAAAUACAGAGGAGAGUCCGAGAAGCUUGUUCGGCUCCUGUUUGAAAUGGCUCGAUUUUACUCUCCAGCUACCAUAUUUAUUGAUGAGAUAGAUUCCAUCUGCAGCCGCCGAGGCACUUCUGAAGAGCACGAAGCAAGCCGAAGGGUGAAAGCUGAGCUGCUGGUUCAAAUGGAUGGUGUCGGAGGCGCUUCAGAAAAUGAUGACCCUUCCAAAAUGGUUAUGGUUCUGGCAGCUACUAAUUUUCCCUGGGAUAUAGAUGAGGCUCUCCGCCGGCGUCUUGAGAAGAGAAUCUAUAUUCCUUUACCAUCAGCAAAAGGCAGGGAAGAACUUUUAAAAAUAAGUCUACGAGAGCUGGAAUUGGCUGAUGAUGUUGAUCUUACAAGCAUAGCAGAAAACAUGGAAGGCUACUCAGGUGCGGAUAUUACCAACGUGUGCAGGGAUGCAUCCUUGAUGGCCAUGAGACGACGUAUUGAAGGUCUAACCCCAGAAGAAAUACGUAAUCUUUCAAGAGAAGAAAUGCAUAUGCCUACAACUAUGGAGGAUUUUGAAAUGGCUUUAAAGAAAGUUUCUAAGUCCGUGUCGGCUGCAGACAUUGAAAGAUAUGAGAAGUGGAUAGUUGAGUUUGGAUCAUGCUAAGUUCUCACAUGUAAACUGGCAGAAGUCUGCCGUCUCUAAAAAAUGAUUAAAUGUAGUAUUUCAUUGCAUUGAGUGCUAUAUUUUUUUAAACUUUCGUAAUGGUGUGAUUUUAAACUUUCUGGUUGUGAAUAAAGUCAGUAUUUUUAAACUGCA